GGCGGUGGGCGUCUUAGCGGAGAGAGGUGUGUAUUAUAUAUGUAUGUAUGUGGCUUUUAGAAGUGAGUAGUGUGCGUGGAAAUAUAUGGUCCGGUUCAAAAGCCAAUACUUCGAAAAAUAUUCACUAUUUCGGCAUCUGGUUGGAAGCAGAUGUACGGGGAUCAUGGUGUAGCUGUUUAUCUAGCUGGCUAGCAGGCAGAAUAUAAGACGUCUUUGCACGGCGGGAAUUUCCAACAUAACUCCUUCGACACUCGUGUACGAGAAUGUCUAGCUUGGUGAGAUGGGAAUCAAUCACCAGCAUACAUCAUACAGUCCGAUUCGCACACGGCGAGUUCUAUAGUAAACAUGAAUGGCAUCAUUUCAUUCACUCCAAACACACACUAUAUACAUACAUAUACACGUACAUCCCCAAUUCUCUGAUAUCACAUCACACCACCACACCACCCCAUAAAUCCACCCCACAAUCCCCCCCACCAAAAGCCAAAAAGAAGAAGAAGCGAAUGGACGUCCGAAACCAGCCAGCGGUGAGCGAGCGCCAGGGUAUCUCGAAACUGCACUACCAAGAAAAAGAAGCAAAGAAAAAGACUGCAAUGCCGGCAAGCCGCCUGACCACCGUUUAUGAAACGCAUGGAGCCAGAACAAGCAAAAGAAACGAGGGGUUUCUGUGUCCAACAGAAGGAGAAGCGAAAGGGGGUUUGAAACGCCAGUUCCAAGCCAAGGCCUGACAUGACGUCGAAUGCACAAGAAUGUAAAGUG